ACAGGAUUUCAUGGUGUAAACAAACUUGUAAACGGCAAUAAAUUAAGAUGUUUGUUUUGGCUGUGCUCGUUUCUAGCAUGCGCUGUGUACCUGACUUAUGUGAUGAUUCAAGAAUUAGGAAAUUACUACAAUUACCCUACCUAUACAACACUUGAAGUGGAGAGACAUUCGGAAAUUGAAUUUCCUGCAGUAACUAUUUGUAAUUUAAAUUCAUUAAGCAAAUCAUUAGUCUUGAAUGAUUCUAGAGUUGAUAAUUACUAUUUAAGUAUUGGACCACGAGAGAUAUUUGGGCUGUACAACGAGUUCAAUUGGAGUGAUCCAUUUUAUGAACAAAACGGAUUUUUCAGCAACAGAACUGUGGAAGACAUCUUAUUGGAACAUAAAAAAUUACAUUAUGGUCUGUUUAAUUCCUUUAUGUUUGAUCAAACCUCCUACCUGGAUUCCGAAAAAUAUUUCUCUGUGGAGUUAAAACCGAACGGACCAUGCCUUACUUCGAAAAAAAACAAAAUAUUCAACACGUCAUAUACAGGGUCCGAAUACAACUUUGUAAUGUGGUUGGAUGUAGACCGUGAUAAUAGUUAUUUUGGCCAAUGGUUAGGAGAAGGGGUACAGUUCACAGUUCACGACAAUGAGGAAGAUCCCCACUUUCAAGGCUCCAGUGGAUACUAUAUUGAACCUGGCCACGAGUAUUACGGCGCGCUUAGGAAAUACACGUAUGAAUAUUUGUCAGAACCGUUUAGAGCGACACCAACAGAGUUCUGCAGAGAAUCUUUUGAAGAUGGAAAGAAGUAUUUAUCAACACAGUGUUGGAAGGAAUGCUAUGUCAGUUAUAUUUAUGGGGCCUGUAAAUGUAUUGAUUUUGAUUACAAAGAUUACCCCAUCUGUUCUAAGUAUGAUUAUUUCAAGUGUGCAAGACCAGCAAAAGGAGAAUUUUAUGGAAACUCUAAAAUGAAGACAGGUUGUCAUUGUCCGCCUGCAUGUUCUAGCACACGAUACGAAGUAACACUUUCUUCAUCCAUAUUUCCGUCGGACUUCUACAAUGAUUUUCUUCUAAAGGCAAUUAAUGAAUUUAAACAGGAUUAUUACAGAAAAAACCUAAUAGUCAUUCACAUCUACUUUGAUGAACUAAAAACAACAAUUGUAAAACAGCUACCUGUUUAUGGAUCAUCGGUGGAGAUAUUUGGUUAG